AUGUCUGGCAUCUCAAGCUUCAUAGAUGGAACAAUCAACGGUGCUGCAGGAUUAGCGCAGGGUAGAGAAGGCACGACAAUUACAACCUUCGUCAUCUCCUUGGCAGCUGGUUUUAUCCUCUUCGCCGUUCAGUUUGGUACCUUCGUUGUCAUUAGGAAUUACUUAUGGGCCAAACGAAUUUAUCAACCAAGAUCUUUCUUGGUACCUGUCAAGCAAAGGAUCGAAUCACCCUACAACAAUCCGUUCAAAUGGCUGUUCACCGUUUUCAAGAUCAAAGAAGAUCCCGUAGUUCUAGGAAAGGCCGGCAUGGAUGCAUACUUCUUUCUCAGGUUUCUCAGUAUGUGCCUAAAAAUCUUCACUCCGAUGGCCAUCAUUAUCAUGCCCAUCUUGAUACCCCUGAACGUCAAGCAGGGAAAGGGGACCAACACUAUCAGCGGCGUGACAUACAAUAUAACGGGAUUGGAUACUUUGGCUUGGUCGAAUGCUUCACCAGCAAAGACCAGCAGGUAUUGGGCGCAUCUAGUCAUGGCAGUCGGGGUCGUGGUCUGGGUUUGCCUGAUGUUCCACCAAGAAUUGAGCCACUACAUCGCCAAGCGAGAAGAUUUUCUAAACAGCCUGGGUCACAGAUUGAAAGCAUCAAGCACAACUGUUCUCAUCCAGGACAUUCCAGAAAAGCUCUGCAAUGAGGAAGCGCUGGAGGAGCUAUAUGGCGACUUUCCGGGUGGCAUCCGCCGAAUUUGGAUCAAUCGAGAUUUCACCACCCUUGUGAACAAGGACAAGCUUCGGAAGUUCUACGAAAACCUGCUGGAAAAUACCGAAACCAAUCUACUCCGGAAAGUGGCCAGACAAAGCCACAAGGCAAGAUUGCGCCAGAGAGGAGAAUCGACGCAAGAAGCUCCAGAACAAAUAACCCCGGAGGUCCGAUCUAAAGUAGGCCAAACUUUAUUUCCCGCACGUCCAGAAAUGGGCCCCGCAACUCCAGCAGCUUGUGUACGCGAUCUGGAAUAUGAUCUCGAAACCAAAGCUGCGUGGGCAAACUUCCUAACGCCAAAGCAACGGCAAACUAUGAGGAUACCAAAGGACCGACAUGCAGCCGCAGCCAGAAUUCCCCUCAUUGGCCGUUUAUUUUCUACUAAAGUUGACACAAUCUACUACUGCCGUAGAGAACUUGCUCGACUGAAUAAGGAAAUCGAAAUGGAUACCAAAACUCCAGACGCAUAUCCAAAAAACCUAUCGGCAUUUGUCCAAUUCAAUUCUCAAAAGGCAGCACACCUCACUUGUCAGUCCGUUGCCGACACCUCACCUAGGCACAUGAGGAGGAGAAUGGUAGAGAUCUCACCUGGGGACAUCAACUGGCCCAGCCUAAAUCUGUCCUGGCGCGCUCGCUACGUCCGUCUCGUCGUCUUCCUUGUCCUUUUUACCAUUCUGCUAUUUGUGUUUGGUCUUAUCUCAUUCUUCACCGGCAUACUGUCUAGAAUCUCCACCCUAUCUGGGUCAACAUCUUGGCUCAAAUGGAUCGACAGUCUCCCUCCGUGGUUGAUUUCCUUCAUCCAAGGUACCCUCCCACCUGUCAUCCAAGUGAUUCUUCUUAGCGGACCACUUCCGAUCCUCCUUCGCCUCCUGACGAACAGGGCCAGAGGUGCAACGACUGGCCAGGAAGGAGAGCGCUCACUUCAGUUGUUGUACUUCAUUUUUCUCAUUGUCGAACUUUUUAUCAUACCCACCAUCUCCUCCGGUCUUACCAGUAUUGUUGAAGAACUUAUUCGCACUCCAACAUCGGUACCAAAUAUCCUUGCAACGAAUCUACCCACGGCCGCCAACUACUACUUCUCAUUCUUAAUCUUGCAGGCCCUGUCCUUAAGUGCAACCUCCAUUUUGCAAACCAUUCGAUUAUUCAAAUUCUAUGUCAUUGGCCAUGUCAAUACGCCUGACUCAGUGUUCGAAAAACUGAGCUGGACAAAUUUAACGCGCACUGGUAGUAACAUUCCAUGGUAUACUACCUUUGCGGUCAUCGGACUUGUCUAUUCUACCAUCGCUCCACUUAUAUUACUAUUUAUGCUUAUCACAUUUAGCCUCUUUUGGGUUGUGAUCAAGAAUAAUUUACUUUAUUGCGUACGAACAGGCACUGUUGACGGAGGUGGAUUAUUUUUUCCGAGCGCCAUCAAUCAGCUAUUCACCGGCGUCUACUUCAUGGAAGUCUGUCUCAUUGGUCUCUUUUUCUUGGUUCGUGACACUCAGGGUCACGUCGCAUGUGCUGCGCAAGGCAUCAUCAUGGCCGUGGUUCUUGUCCUCACGAUCUUGUAUCAAAUAUGGCUAAUGCAUCAUCUCGAUCCUUUGUUCAAGUAUGCCCCUGUUCGAUUGGAGGUCGAGUCCAAGGCUUUAUUAGCAGACUACCAAGGGGAACGCGAAACGGGGAGCAAUUUGACCAACCAUGAAACCUCGGAAACUGUCAAUUCUGAACCCCGAGAUGAGGCGAAAGAUCGUUUGGAUCUAUCUGGUAACAUUGCGUCUCACGCCCAGAAUAUCGAGAAGGCUCAUGCGCCAAAAUUGAGCACUCAAUAUAGACCGCCCUUUUGGGAGAGACAGUCAUCACAUCGAUCCCAAGAUUUACAAGCUCAACAGCGUGAAGAUGCUAAAUCCGCCGAGGGCAUACUUGCCCGUCUCAAUCGGCCACUCGACGAGGCCCGACUGGCACAUCUCGAAAAGAAAUUGGCCAAGACCGAAGCAGUUCGCGGCAGUGCUCUACUGCCACGACGCAAAGACAUAGAAGCGCAGAUGCUCGACGAUCCGAUUUCCAAAAUCAUCAUGCAGCACAACGAUGAGCUGGAGAACCUAGAUCCGGAGGAGCGCGACAUGUUGAUUUCGGUGGCAUUUAUGCAUCCUGUAUUACGAGAGACAAGGCCGAGCGUUUGGAUCCCUACAGAUGAAUUAGGGGUCAGUGACGAUGAGGUUAGGAGGACAAGAGAGCUGAGUGAGGAUGUGGUGAUUGAUAACAGAGGGGCGUACUUCGAUCGGAGAUUGAAGGUGCAGGUUGACAAGCCGCCACCAGAUAUGUCAGAGUUUUAGUUGCGGGUAUGGGGUUUCACUAGUUUUUUUUUGGGUCCCCGUCACGUGUGACUCGAGUGGAUGAAUAAUAAACUCCGCAGAGGGUCACCCAGAAGCAUUUCCGUUGGGGCCGGUAUUUGGACCUUUAAAAACUCUUCCCUCCUUCGCUUUGAGUAAAAUAAAAAGCCCAGGCCCAUGAAGAUGCCCG